CCUCAUAUGACAUCUUGAAGAACCUCAGACUGGGACUAGCACAGGAGAGAACAAGAGGUGCAGAAGUCCCAAACCAGUUCAGAUGUUGCUGUUUCCUCAAGCUGCAGGUCUAUGGAAAUGCAGGAUCUAGCCAGCCCACACAGACGACUAAGUGGUAGUAGUGAAUCCCCCAGUGGUCCAAAACAUGAUAACUCCCAUAUAAAUAAUAAUUCCAUGACACCCAAUGGCACAGAAGGUGACAUGACCCUCCUCAGCACUGCAGACUGGCUGCUCAGCCCUAGCACACAGAGCCCUGCAGUUAAAACAGAACCAAUGAACAGCAGUGAGAUCGCUACUACUACUACCACAGACGGGUCUUUAGACAAUUUCUCAGGAUCAGCAAUUGGAAGCAGCGGUUUCAGCCCAAGACAAACACACCAGUUCUCCCCACCACAGAUUUACCCUUCCAACAGACCCUACCCACACAUUCUCCCCACCCCGUCCUCACAAACGAUGGCUGCCUAUGGGCAGGCACAGUUCCCAGCGGGCAUGCAGCAAGCCACAGCCUAUGCCACCUACCCCCAGCCUGGCCAGCCCUACGGAAUCCCUUCCUAUGGUGCAUUGUGGGCAGGCAUCAAGACAGAAGGUGGAUUGGCACAGUCACAGUCACCUGGACAAACAGGAUUUCUCAGCUAUGGUGCCAGCUUUAGCACACCUCAACCUGGACAGGCUCCCUAUAGCUACCAGAUGCAAGGCAGCAGUUUUACAACAUCAUCAGGAAUAUAUGCAGGAAAUAAUUCACUCACAAAUUCUACUGGAUUUAAUAGUUCACAGCAGGAAUAUCCCUCCUAUCCCAGUUUUGGCCAGGGCCAAUAUGCACAGUAUUACAAUAGCUCACCGUACCCUUCACAUUACAUGACAAACAGCAACACCAGCCCUACGACACCCUCCACAAAUGCAACAUACCAGCUCCAAGAACCACCAUCUGGCAUCACCAGUCAAGCAGUUACAGAUCCUGCAGCAGAAUACAGCACAAUCCACAGUCCAUCCACCCCCAUUAAAGAUUCAGACUCAGACAGAUUGCGUCGGAGCUCAGAUGGGAAAUCACGUGGACGUGGCAGAAGAAACAAUAAUCCUUCACCACCACCUGACUCUGACCUGGAGAGAGUAUUCAUUUGGGAUUUGGAUGAGACAAUCAUCAUUUUCCAUUCCUUGCUUACAGGGUCCUAUGCUAACAGAUAUGGAAGGGAUCCUCCCACUUCUGUGUCCCUUGGACUCCGAAUGGAAGAGAUGAUUUUCAAUUUGGCGGACACACAUCUAUUCUUUAACGAUUUAGAAGAAUGCGACCAGGUUCACAUUGACGACGUGUCUUCAGAUGACAACGGUCAAGAUUUAAGCACGUAUAACUUCGGAACCGACGGCUUUCCCGCGGCUGCCACCAGCGCCAACCUGUGCCUGGCCACCGGCGUGCGCGGAGGAGUGGACUGGAUGCGGAAACUGGCCUUCCGCUACAGACGAGUAAAAGAAAUAUACAACACCUACAAAAACAACGUUGGAGGUCUUCUUGGUCCAGCAAAAAGAGAGGCUUGGUUACAACUGAGAGCAGAAAUUGAAGCUUUGACAGAUUCUUGGUUAACACUUGCACUGAAAGCACUCACCCUCAUACAUUCGAGGACAAACUGUGUGAACAUUCUCGUAACAACUACUCAGCUAAUUCCAGCUCUGGCAAAAGUCUUGUUGUAUGGACUAGGGGUUGUAUUUCCCAUAGAGAAUAUUUACAGUGCAACUAAAAUAGGAAAGGAAAGUUGUUUUGAGCGAAUAAUUCAAAGAUUUGGAAGAAAAGUAGUGUAUGUUGUUAUAGGAGAUGGUGUCGAAGAAGAACAAGGCGCAAAAAAGCAUGCUAUGCCAUUUUGGAGGAUCUCGAGCCACUCUGACCUUAUGGCCCUUCACCAUGCCUUGGAACUGGAGUACUUGUAGCAGCUUAGCAGCACUUUCAAACCUCAGAGCCUCCUUCUGCCCGUGGAUGAGAUGCCUGUGUCUUGUGUCAGCAUUGGACUAGAGAACUCUGUGAUUUCAGCAUGUUGACGUACAGCUGCAGUCGGGGUUAACCCUUGCCCUUUCAGUGAACAGAGGAGCAAGUCCUUUUCUUCAGAACAGCUGUUGGCUCCGGCACUGCCAGCCCAACCUAAAUAAGCCAUGCGAGUGUUUGAACAACUCAUCUUUACCACAUUUGCUACCAAAAAGAAAUAGAGAAGGAAAAAACAAAAUGGGAAAAAAAUUUAAAAAAAGAAGAAGAAAAGGAAAUAAGAGGUUCAUACCUGUGAAGAAAAGAAAAAGGACCUGCAAAUGCUUUGUAGUUUUUAGCCUCUUCAAUGUGACACACACAAUUUCUUCAACACAGCAAACUUGAUUGCACAAUGAAGACUGAGAUUUUACAAAAUACCAGUGGAGUAAUUUUCUUAUAAAGAAGGUUUACGUUUUGGUUUCUCAUACCCAGGGUACUCUGUACAUCUUUACUUAUUUAUGAACAGACUGUAUUUUGACAUCAUAUAACUGAGGAUAUGUAUAAUAGGAUUAAAGGCUAUUAUAAGCCUUUGCCUUAUGGUACAGCAACUACUUUUGAUUUUAGCACAUUACAGAGUAGUUUAAAAUAUGUCUAAUUUAAACUAAUAGGUACAUCACUGAGACAAUCAUGUACAGGAAGAAUUUUUUGUGUAAAUUUGUAAUAAUGAAUGAUUCUUUUACAUGUUGUUAAGGUGAAUGCUAUUGAAAGAUAGUAACGCCUUGUUGGUGAAGAAUGAGGCCAUAUGUGCACAAACUUGUGCAGUGCCUUAUCAAUGUGUUGGAUAUAAAUAUGUAGAUAAUGGAUUUUUUUUUAGAUAAAUUUGUCAAGACCAAAAGCAUGGAUGUCAAGUGUCAAUAGGAAUUGGGUUUUGUUCUCAGCUGUUUCUCUGCAUUUUCUUCUCUCACCCCCUCUGGUUAAGAAAAGAUUGAUUUUGUGUGUCCCCCCUGGUUGAAGCAAAUACAGAAAAAACACAAGUGAAGAGGAGGCCUUUAUUGUCUUUUUGUUUCCUCUUUUAAAGUUAACAUAAUAACUCUUUUUUAGAGUAUUAAAAAAUUAAUUAGGAGCUCAUUCCAUAAAGUAGUAGAGAAAGAACACAAAUAUAUUUUAAGAUGUAACUUAAACUGGAACCUUGGUACUGAAUAGUUUUUGUCUCAUCCAAAAAUGAAGGAAAUUAUCAUCACUAAUAUUUUUUGAAAUUAGAAAUGGGAAUAUUUUGGAAAAAUUAAACAAGGAUGCUCAUAUACAUUGAAGUUUUUUAAUCCUCUUCCACCAGGAGUCAGAUUUUCCUAAGAUAUAACAUCCAUUGCCGGCAAUGGAAAUGCUGAAAUGGUUAUCAACAAGGAGUUAAAAUUUGCUUUUGUCUGUACUAACUUAAAGGACAAACCUAGACCGUGUCUGUCUGUGACUUGUGACUUUUCUGAUCUUGAAGGCUUUGAGCUACUUGGUUAAAUAAACUGUUAGUCUGACUUUUUUUGGCUUGAAUUGUACCAAUUCCCUUGGCCCAGUUAAAUAUCUUAUUAAAAAGAAGCCUCACCUUUGUUGGUUAAUUUUCUGGGUUUUUUCUUUCAUUUUUUUGAAAAAAAACCACCAGCCUCGAAACAGCUACCUGCAAAGCUACAGAGCACCAAUGUAGCUACAAAUCAACACCCUUCUCUAUUGGAGGAAUCACAUUGCUGCUAGAAUAAAAUAUUUGUGGAUUGCCUUAGUACCAACAGAGAGGUUUUUAUCCUACCAAGACUUGCACGUGUGCUUUACUUUACCCAGUAUGAGUUCUGCAACUCGUGCUGGACUCACGUGCAUAAAGCACAUUGUGGAUAGUUUUUAGAAUUGAGACUAUCAUUAGCCUUUUCUUUCCUAAAGCAAAGUAGACAGUGAUGGGGGGGAUUGGUGUCUUUUUUUUCUUUGGCUCUUUUCAAUUUUUAGUCACUCACGGACUGAAAAAAUAACAGUUUAUCUGGGCCUUAUUGUACAAAAAGUGUGUU